AUGGACUAUGAAAGCACAGAGAAAACGCAAGAAAUGAAGACUGACUUGAACUUACUGUUGGAAUGUCUGAAGCAUCAGAUGGACAGCCCUUGCUCACAAAAGGAUGCUUUGGUCACCAUUCAUUCAAUCUGUCAACAAAGCAAUAAUGCAAGUGCUUAUUUUAGGGAGAUUGGUGGUUUGACGUUUGUAAGAAAUCUUGCAAAGUCAAGUGAACACAGCAUGGUAAAAGAAGCCGCAUUAUACACAUUAGGAGCUGUUGCAGAACGAAAUGUUUACUGUCAGGAGACUUUGUGCACUUCAGAGUUGUUUGAAGACUUAAUUGAGUUCCUAUCUAAUAAUGAUUCUAACACCAAUCUGAAAAGAAUGUCUGUUUAUGUUAUUUUGGUUUUAGUUUCAAAUAAUAGGACUGGACAAACGCUUGUGAGAGAAACUGGUUGUAUUACAAUCCUGUCACAAUUGUUCAGGAUGGUUCUUUCAAAAUAUGAGUUGGAUUUGUCAGAUAAAAAUAUUUUCCAGCGUUAUCAGUUGUGGUCUUCAGUGUGCAGUACACUGUGUGUCUGUGUCAACAAUCCCCAAAAUGAUGACAAUCAAACAAUAUGCUGUUCACUCUUCCCACAUGCUAGUGAGUGGUUAAUAAACUGCAUGAAACCUGAGAUAAUUCGCCCUAUUUGUUCAUUUAUUGGGCUUACUCUUUCAAAUAACGCAUCUGUUCAGAAAUACUUUAUAUCUGUGGGUGGACUGGAUGUAUUGUCCCAAGUGCUUGUGAAACUGGAAUCUGAUUCACAACGGACUGGCUCCAGUGCUAAACUCGCAGUGAUGGUGACAAAGACAGUGGAUGCAUGUAUUGUUGAUAAUCCUGCUUUUAGAGUAAUACUAUCCAAGUAUCACAUUGUUGCAAAACUGCUGGCAUUACUGCGACAUGAAAGUCUGGAUUUACGAGAAAAAUUUAGCAUCAUUCUUACACUUGGUCAUUGCACAGAUGCUUGUGAGGAAAAUCAGUAUGACCUUGUUAAAAACAAUGGGCUUUCACUCAUGAUACAAGCCUUAAGUGAAUCUCAGAACGAGGAACUCAACAGAGCUGUCACUUUCGUUCUUUACAACUGCAAAAAGAUUACUGAGAAAGUAUCUCUAAGCAUAGGAGAUUAUCCUUUUAAUGAAAAUGAAGGACAAUUAAAGGACAUAAAUGUGACCGAGAAGAAUUUUGAAGAGUACUGGAAGCAAGCAAAGGAAAUUCUACACAGAAUAAAGCUGCUUGAGCGAGACAAAGAUGAGGGACCAGUACAAAGAGAAGAAUUUAGUGCUUCAGCUAUGAUGAUAAAUACCCAGAAACACCUCAAUGAAGAUAAUGUUGGUAGAUGUGCCCAAGCACAUGAUAAGGAUAAAAGCCAGUUUGAUGAACAUAAGUUUUACAUGUCCCGUGGAGUCAGGGCUAAAGCCUGUACAAGCCAUGACCAAAUGAAGACCUCAUUAAAGAAUGCAAAUCCCAUUAAUGCUUGCUAUAGAGAAAACAGGAAAAAUGACACUUUAUAUAAUGCCAAUUCAAGCUCCAAUCAAAAUUUAUCUAAAGAAGCAGCUUUUAGAAAAGAGAAUUUUCCUUCUCAGUCAAGUGACCAUGUUAUUAAACAUCCACCUGCCAUUGUAAAAAAUGGGAAACAGCAUUUACCAGUAACAGACCCAUUUACUUUAUGUUCAGAGAUAAUAAAUAAAGAAGUCAACAGUUUUCUAGCAACUGACAGUCAUUCAAAAAUGUUAAGGGAUAGAUGCUCAGGUUGCGUGGCAGUAGGAAAAUCUCUGAAUAGCCGAAAUUUUAGCAAGCUCUUGCACUCUUGCCCAUACCAGUGUGACCAUCAUAAAGUCAUUGUGGAAGCUGAAGACAGAUACAAAAAUGAGCUAAGGAAGUCACUUCUCUGUAACAAAAAAAUUCUGCUGACCCCUCGGAAAAGAGGACAACUCUGUAAUGAAUCUGCUCUCCCUGGAAGAAUAAAGAAAAGAAGAAUUCGUAAAAACUUUACUGAAGAAGAAAUAAGUUACCUUUUCAGUGGAGUAAAGAGAAUGGGAAAUCACUGGAAUUCCAUUUUGUGGUCUUAUCCCUUCCAGCAGGGAAGGACAGCUGUGGACCUUGCUCACAAAUACCACAAGCUGAUCAAAUGCCAGAAGUGUGCUGCUCCUUCACUGGAAAAGGACUGUGUCGGUUUUUAA